UACUUGUGGUCGCACGCGCAUCCCUGUCUUAGGAAAACUUGGGACUUUUGAGACUUGUUCCCUAAGGCGAAUUCCUCUUAGAAACUUUUCGGAAACACCAGCGUAUUUUGCUUCAAAGGACGGUGCAAGCAAGGAUGGUCCUGGAGACGGAGGCAAGUCUGUUGGCGAGGGCGGUGGUAAGAAGUCAAGCGCUGGAAGCUCUGGGAAAGGAGGGAACCAGCUGCGCUGCCCAAAGUGUGGUGACUUGUGCACACACGUGGAGACCUUUGUCUCUUCCACCCGUUUUGUGAAGUGUGAGAAGUGUCACCACUUUUUUGUUGUACUGUCAGAGGCAGACACAAAAAAGAGCAUCAUUAAAGAGCCCGAGUCAGCAGCAGAAGCUGUGAAAUUGGCAUUCCAGCAGAAGCCACCGCCUCCACCAAAAAAGAUUUAUAACUACCUCGACAAAUAUGUUGUUGGUCAGUGUUUUGCCAAGAAGGUGCUUUCAGUUGCUGUGUACAAUCAUUACAAGAGAAUCUACAAUAACAUCCCAGCUAACCUGAGACAGCAGGCAGAAGUUGAAAAGCAGGCUUCUUUAACACCGAGAGAAUUAGAGAUCAGAAGACGGGAGGAUGAGUACAGAUUUACAAAACUACUGCAGAUUGCUGGAAUCAGUCCACACGGUAAUGCUUUAGGAGCAUCGAUGCAGCAACAAAUGAACCAGCAGAUACCUCAGGAAAAACGGGGAGGAGAAGUACUAGAUUCGCCCAAUGAUGACAUAAAACUUGAAAAAAGUAAUAUUUUGCUGCUUGGACCAACUGGAUCAGGUAAAACCUUGCUGGCUCAGACUCUAGCUAAAUGCCUAGAUGUACCUUUUGCUAUCUGUGAUUGUACUACCUUGACUCAAGCUGGCUAUGUUGGUGAAGACAUUGAAUCUGUCAUCGCGAAACUCCUGCAAGAUGCCAACUACAAUGUAGAAAAAGCUCAGCAAGGAAUUGUUUUUCUGGAUGAAGUGGAUAAGAUUGGCAGCGUUCCUGGUAUUCAUCAGUUACGGGAUGUCGGAGGAGAAGGUGUUCAACAAGGCUUGUUAAAAUUGCUAGAAGGCACGAUAGUAAACGUUCCAGAAAAGAACUCUCGUAAACUGCGUGGAGAAACGGUGCAGGUUGACACAACAAACAUCCUCUUUGUAGCUUCUGGUGCUUUUAAUGGUCUUGACCGAAUUAUCAGCAGGAGGAAAAAUGAAAAAUAUCUAGGGUUUGGGACACCAGCUAAUAUGGGAAAAGGCAGAAGGGCUGCAGCAGCAGCUGAUCUUGCAAACAUAAGUGGAGAGUCCGAUCCACAUGAAGAUAUUGAAGAGAAGGAUCGCUUGCUGCGUCAUGUGGAAGCCAGAGAUCUCAUUGAGUUUGGCAUGAUUCCCGAGUUCGUGGGACGUUUGCCCGUUGUGGUUCCUCUGCACAGCCUAGAUGAGAAAACCCUUGUACGGAUUCUUACUGAGCCACGAAAUGCUGUGGUUCCUCAGUACCAGGCACUAUUCAGCAUGGAUAAGUGUGAAUUAAAUGUAACUGAAGAUGCACUGAAGGCUAUAGCCAGACUGGCCCUGGACAGAAAAACUGGUGCAAGAGGUCUUCGAUCUAUAAUGGAAAAGCUGUUGCUGGAGCCCAUGUUUGAAGUGCCCAAUUCUGACAUUGUAUGCGUGGAAGUUGACAAAGAUGUUGUAGAAGGCAAAAAAGAGCCAGGAUACAUUAGGGCUCCCAGUAAAGACUCAUCCGAGGAAGAAUACGACUCUGGCGUUGAGGAAGAUGGCUGGCCUCGACAAGCAGACGCUGCAAACCAUUGAAUACUGUCAGAACGCUCACCUGCAUAGAGCCCACUUGGUUAUUUCCCUACGAUUGCCUCUGGCUUCAGUCUGAUACUCAAGGCAUUGGAUCUAUCUCGGAUAUGCUACGUGAUGAGGAACUUUAUUAGAUAAAUCAGAUCAUAUAUUUUAUUGCAACAUCACAGUGAUUUAUUUGAUGGACAUUGUGUGGACUUGGAUGGCAUAAUGUUCAAAUAUGAAUUGUAUAUUACACCUGUUCAAUUAAAAUGUAUAGCGAAUAUAGCAGCACCUGGAUUGCUCCAGCUGGAAACUAAGCCAGCAAUGCAGGUGCUGCCAAUAGUUAGAUUUUACAAUAAUGUUACUCUGCAAAUGGGAAAUGGAGAUUAAUAAUUAGUGGAGGGUGAAUAAACUCUUAGCUCCUCGUACGACUCGCAGGGGGUUACGUUGAGGUCAGUGUUAGAUUUCUGCCGGUGUUUGGAACCCGGCAGGCGCUGGAGUGAUUUGUUACAUGGGUGGGGAAG